GUACCUGAGGGAUCAGGUAAGACUUAGGUUUUACUAUUUUUCAAUUAUUUGUAGAGUAACAAUAGUUACUGCUUAUUUCCCUGCUUCCUUUGUGCCUGACACAGCAAUUUACAUACAUUUCUUAUUUAACCCUCACAACAACUCUGUGAGAUGGUGUUAUUACCAUUAUAUAGAAGAGGGAAGGGAGGGUGAGGCAGUUUGAUAAUGUUCCCAAGGUCACACAGCUAGAAUGCUAGCCUGGAUCGGAAGAGCUCUUAAGCACUAGACUAUAUUCUGCUAAGGAGAGCUUCUUGAGGUCAGAGACCAUGUUUUUUUUAUUUUUGUGUGCCCAAACCGGACUCUUAGAAGACGCCUAAUAAACGUCAAUUGAAUAACUUUAUGGAUCGCCUUUCGAAAAGCACGUGGCAAUGUCACUGGGAAACCUCCUGACCACCAAGAGGCGCUGUCUCCAUCUCUGCAGAGCCGGGCUCUGUUGCCGACGCCUAGCUUCAAUCCCUGAGCUGCGAGAGAGCGCUAGCGGCCAGUGGGCGGGGUCACGAGGCGAGGCCCCGAGGGCCUCUGGGAACGGCUACUGUCGUGCACCCGGCUACCGCGCGUAGAGAGGGACCCAAGCGAGUAGUGCGGGCCCUGGCGCAGAUGUCAUGUGGCCUGUGCUGUGGACCGUGGUACGGACUUAUGCUCCCUAUGUCACAUUUCCGGUAGCCUUUGUGGUUGGGGCUGUGGGCUACCACCUGGAAUGGUUCAUCCGGGGAAAGGAUCCCCAGUCAGUGGAGGAGGAGAAGAGCAUCUCAGAGCGCCGGGAGGACCGCAAACUGGACGAGCUGCUAGGCAAGGACCACACCCAGGUGGUGAGCCUUAAGGACAAGCUGGAAUUUGCCCCUAAAGCUGUCUUGAACAGAAACCGCCCGGAGAAAAAUUGAUGGAAGACACAGUGCCCUAUGGAUCCUUCUGUGGACCAUGUUGACCCAGCCCCAGAACCCACAUCUGAUUUGCUUUGUUGUUGCUCACUCUGGCUCCUCCCUCACCACACACCCAUACACAUACCGGCUGCUCUUCUCCUGUGGCCAGGCAGACCAGCUGCUGAGGGGCCAGUGAAGAGAAAGGCCCUUGAAGGUUCUGGCCUGAAGGCUGCAUCUGUUGUACAAUGGCCACAACUUCUUAGGCUUCUGAGCUUAUGGGCAUGUUGCUGGGAGAAGGUGGGGAACCACCACUGCCCCAUUGGUGA